AUGGAUUAUUCAGUCAAUGUAACAUAUUUAACACUAGAGGGACAUGUGGAUUUAGUGCAUUACAGAUAUCUUUAUUUUAUGUUUACUUUCAUAUUUUAUAUAAUGAUUAUCUGUUUUAAUACUGUUAUUAUUUCAGUUAUAUUCAAAAAGAAAUGUCUCCAUGAGCCCAUGUACAUUUUCAUUGCUGCUUUACUUUGUAAUGCUCUCUUUGGAUCAUUUGCACUUUAUCCAAAACUUCUCACUGAUUUACUGUCUGAAAAACAAAUCACUUCUUUUGGAGCUUGUUUAUUUCAAGCAUUUUGUAUUUACACAUAUGGAUCAUCAGAGUUUACACUCCUAUCAGCUAUGGCUUAUGACAGAUAUGUGUCCAUCUGUAAACCUUUACAUUAUGCAACUCUUAUAAAAAUGUCCACUGUCAGAAAGCUAAUAUUUUUGUCAUGGUUUGUGCCUUGCUGUGAAAAUGCUGUUGGUGUUCUUCUAACAUCCCGUCUGCAGCUGUGUAAAUCUAAAUUAAACAGAAUAUACUGUGAUAAUUAUUCUAUUGUGAAAUUAAGCUGUGGUGAAAUAUCUCUGAAUAACUCAUGGGGGCUCUUUAUUUUCAGCAUCGCUGUCUUUCCUCCAGUGAUUUUUAUAAUCUUCUCGUACAUUCGAAUUCUUGCUGUGUGUUUAAAGAAUUCAAAAGAUUUUAGAAGAAAAGCUUUACAGACCUGUUUACCACAUCUUUUAAUUUUCAUAAAUUUCUCUAUCAAUGCAUGUUUUGAAGUAAUAAAUAACAGAAUAGAAUCAAAACAAAUUCCACAUGCAAUUACCAUUAUCCUGUCAGUAAUCCCGUUAGUUGUUCCUCCUCUCAUAAAUCCAAUUAUAUAUGGAUUAAAAAUGCAUGAGAUUUUUAACAGUAUCAGGAGACUGAUUAUUUGGGGGAGUCGUGUACAAGUUUAG